AUGACCGACUCUCUGCUGCGAUCGAUGGACAGCGACAGUCAACAGGUAGACAUCCUCAUCAACUCAUCCAUCGACUCGGCCAACUCGGUCGCCCUCAACACUGUGCAAACCAGCCAGCCAAUGACUGGAGAUGCGGCGAGAUGGAGCAUCCUUGCCAUGACGCAGGAUGACGGAGACUUUCUCUUAGGGCUUCUCUGGGGCAAACCGAGGGUUAGCAGUUCCCUGCAGCUCAAAUGCGCAGUGAAGGAGGAAGCGGCCAGCGCCAGCCAGAAGGAUCUCCUGAGAGACAACAGCCAGCUAUGCGGCGGUGCAUCGCCAUCGAAACUGCCAGCGGGCCGGAGUGACUUUCUGACUUGGUGCGUUUCCCCGCGCGGCCAGAAGUACCGGGCGACCCUCCGCGGUUUUGUCAGCCAUGACGCCGGCCACAGCCGACCUGCUCGUCUUCCUUUCUUUUUCUUUGACUUUUUCCUCAACUCCAAGAACCUCAUUUUUACGACGUCACAGCGACAACCACCUUCCACCAUCCACGACACCCACGCCAGCUACACGAGAGAAACGAACAAACGACGAUAG